AUGACGGGUCACGGAGUUCCGCUUGACACUCUCAAGCAGUGUCUCCAAUUCUUGAUGUGGUUGAAGAAUAAUGGUGUUAAGCAAGGGGAGGUGGCCGAAUAUUUACAUGGGCGUAUCAAAAACCAUUUUAAUUCCCCAUUUCUUUCAGUGGAAAACGUUGAAAAGGGCUUGUCCCCAUUCCUCACUGCCGUGUCAAACUUUUAUGAGAGAUUGUGCUACAAAGCAGAGGCAGGCAGUUAUGGCGGUAGAGACGCAGAGGACAUAGCCAACGCCCUCCUUGACUGUCUCCCUAAAUUCCUCGCCGCGAUCUACUAUUUGGAGUACUGCGUAACUCCCAGUUACGACUCACUUGGCGGAGGCGGGUGGAAGGAUUGGCUGGGAUACAAUGCAGGUGAUUGGUGGGGAGGUGAUCUUGCUAACUAUCUCCACGCUCCAUCCAAGGAGACAAAAUACGGCGUCAUACCCGGUGGGUUUACUUACGGUGAUGUGAGGUAUUACUCACAAUGGAGGGCAUACUACCAGGGUUCUUAUAUGGUUUACGACCUACAAGAUAUUUUGAAAAAGCAACCCUAUAAUUUCUUCCGCAGCGUGUUUAACCUUUUGCGACAUUGUGCUAGGGAGGAAGGUCAAGAAGGCGGAGAGUUAAUAAAUGCAUUGAAUGACGGUUUACGGCAGCAAGUGAGUUCAACAGAGAAUUCCAUCUGUUGGAAAGACCUAAAAGAUCAUUGCGCUCAGCUUAGGAAGAAAUUUGACAAACUUAACAGAAAGGAUGAACGCUUCGAUUUCACCGGACAGUCGACGCGACUUAUAGAUCUUAACACAAAGGAGCUUGCGAAGGAAACUGCAAAAUGGAUGAGAACGUAUCUGAACAGACUGCGGGGGAAUUUGGUGAGCAUUAAUACAGAUGACAGCCUCAUGAAACUCCGCCCGAACCAGCUUGGAGAAUACUUCACCAAAUAUCUCUUCCCCUACGGGUUCACGUUUAAUGGAGAAGCUCGGUUCCGAAUUCACGGCAGUAAGUUAAACGGGUUGAAAGAGGAUUGGCGUGAUGUGAUCGGCGCGCUUCAUAAAUCGGGUGACGGCGAUUUGGAUAGGCUUAAAGAAAUUUUGGAAGGUAAGAAUAAAAUUAAUUGUGCCGGGCCGGCGUCCCCACCCAAAAAGCCUGAGGUCCCGCCUGCAAAGGUUCCUGAAGCCCCCAAGGAAGUUGUGCCGGAGAAGAAAGUUCCGGUUGUACCACCUAAAAAACCUGAGGUGCCGCCAGCAAAGGUUCCUGAAGGGAAUCAAAAUGAAGGCAAGAAAUCUGAGGGAGCACAGAACCAGGGGAAGAAAAGUGAGGGAGCGCAGAACCAAGGUAAAGGUCUUAGUGGAGAUGCGUCUUCAGGUUCAGCAAGUGGAAAGCCUGCUGCAGCUCCGCCUCCCGGUGCUCCAGGAGGUGCAGGACCGGUAGGGCCUCCCACUCUUACUGGAGGCGCUGGCUCCACGAGUCGGCCAACUGUAAUGGGUCAGAGUUCAACGUCCGAUGAUGCUACAACUAUACAGCCUGGUGCCACUCAUGGCACCGUGCGUCCUCAGACUCCGGGUACUUCAGGUUCAAACACUGGUCCACCUGGUGGGCAGGGGGAUGUGCCACAAGGUGGUGGAGGGGCCGGGAAAGGCGGUGGUAAAGAUGUUAGUCAAGGUACCGGUCAAACUCCAAGCAGCGGCGCUACUCCGUCGGGUACCAUGGCGGCUGGUGGAGUGUCAAGCAGUGGAGCUGGAGGGGGUGUGGGGACAGGAGGGACUGGUAAUAAUUCUCUUGCACAAAUCACGCCGGUUGACAAGUUGCCUGAUAGCACCGUUAAGUAUUAUGAACAGCAAGGCCAAAUAAAAUUUCAACGUGAGAAAGAUAUGCAAAAAAUAUGGGAUGAAGUGCAAAAAAAGCUUGAUCAAAUUAAACAAAAGGAAUUCGAAGAUGAAUUGGAUAAAAAACAUAGAGCUUUCCAAAAUCCAGAUCCUUCUAUAAUUCAAAAACAGAACGUUCUUAAUGCUACCGGUCACUCCCUACCACCUGCCGAUCACGUUCCUGGCGCAGGGCUUCCAGUGCCUCCUGGACCAAGGGCAAGUAGGCCUGUUAACUAUAGAGAUGCCAUAAUACCGGGGAACGUGGAUCCAUAUGCUAGCUCCGUUGGUUUUUUUGAUAUUGCGGAUCAGCCUCGGUUUGAAAUUGACGGUGAAGCCGUCGAAGACAAGUCUCUUCAAGAAAUACAGGAUGAAUGGAAUGACAGAAUCGACGCAGAAGAGGAACGUGACGCCAUCCUGAAUAAGAUUAGAAAGGAAACACAGGACAAUCUUAAAUUAGAUGCGGAAAUCCUGAAUGCAGAACAAAAGCAAUUGCGGAAUGCUGCUGAUGAAGAGGUAGAACGACAGAAAUUCUUACAAAAUGUUCAAGAUAGUAAAUUUAACGGUCAUGAAGUAAUCGAGACUCCUUUUAUUGGUCAAAGUGUCCCAUAUACUACGGAUAUUCUGGGAGAGGGUGAGAGGGAACUCAAAGCUCGGAUGGACAUGGCAAAAAUGUAUGCGGGGCAGAAACAGAGAGAGUAUGACAGAGAGCUCAGCAAAUACCUCGAUAAGGUAAUGAAAGGCAGAGACGCCUAUCAGCCGGAAGGGAUAACAGUUGAUGCUACGCCCAUAUCGUCACUGAUCCGCCAAAGUUCCGACCAUUUGGACAUCGAUAUCUAUGCCCCACCGCGUAGCCAUACCAUUCCAGAACGCCCGGAUCCUGAUAUUACCCAGUAUAUUAACGACCAUCCAAAGCCUCAAAUGGACAUUGAAGUCGCAGACAAAUGGUCUCCGGAAUCCAACGAUAACAGCAGUGCCGACUUCAAGCCUGCAGAUUUGUCAUUCGAUUUUCAGCAAAAGGACCCAUAUUAUUCGCGGGGCUUGCCACCGAUUCCUCCCGAAAUUCUCAUCGAGCAUAAGGAUUAUAAGACUUCGAAUGAAGCUGACGAUCUCAAAUUAGAGCCUACGGAGGAUGAAAGGUCUUUCACGGAUCUCCAAAUCGACCUCCCCGACCGCCCGCUAAAGGACCCCGUGGACGACUUGGACUUUAAUCACAACCCUCCAACUCCCCCAACCGCCGAGCCACUUGAGCCCAUCGGCCCAUCUACCACCGCCGUCGCAAUCAACUUCCCGCCCAUCGAUCCUCCGGAGGAUCUCCCCAAAAGAUUUGCCGACACGUACAGUCACAGCCCUGAUGCCGUUCAAACGUGCGUCGCUCCUUGGCUCACCCAGAAACCAACGCAUGACGCUACCGACAUCCCCGUCACGGAGCUGUUCCCCUCCGAGGCGCCGCGCACAGUCAAGGAUAUGCUUGUUUGGAUGGCGGGACUGCAGAACCCGAAGCACCAAGAAGCUUUGGGACAGUGUAUUAAUAACGCUUUCAAGCGCGGAGAUGAUGUCUCUGCCAAACUCACGCUCCCAGUCAACGGUGCUGAGAUCCGCCCUGAAGAUGUCCUUCACACCAUCCACCUUGCCGCCAUGUUUGCAGCCUCAGUACUAUCCACCAUAGAACCUGCCUGGAAAAGUAACACCACAUUAUCCGCAACAUUAAAACCUAAGGACUCAGACCAAUCUAAGGAGCCUGAUGCCUGCGCCCUCCUCUGCCAGCUGCGGGAUUACGCCUACGCCUGCUGCCACCAGUUGCAGUUCCUAAAGUCGCAGUGUUCGCGGGAUCAAUCACAUGGUGGUUGGCAGGAUUGUGAGUAUGGCAAUAAUGUCCCCAACUCUCCCCUCCAGGCCUUCCUGACAGACUCCCCCGACUCCGAGUUCAAGACUCACCCCUUCGACCCGUGUGACAUCUGCCGCAAGAGCCGUGUCAGCAUGGGAUUCAGGGAGGAGCAUUUGCCUAAAACUCAACAAACGGGGAAGGACAUUUCCACCAUCCUCACUCCCACCUGCGGCGGUGAUGACCCCUUGCUUACAUUGUCCUCUUACCUCAACUGCCUCACCAGGCGAACGCCGCGCACCACCGGGGAGCUUGUCUCGUUCUUCCACAAUUUCGGGAAUGAGCUUCAUGGUGUGUCUUCAGAGUUGUCCAAGCUGGGCUCCGCCCUCUCCACUGCUCAUCGCUACUGCCCCAACUGGGACCGUCUCAAGGACUCCGACCUCCAAGUCAUCAAGGACGCCAGGGGCUCCGCCCCUCCCAACUCCAACCACAACCACGACAAGGACCAUCCCAACACACUAUCCUCUCUACUUGGCUGCGACAUCACCAAUGCCCAGUGCCCACAGCAUAUGAAGUCCAUCACCUACCGGGCCUACGCCCUGUACUCUUCCAGCUUCGUCCACCACUACCUCAGCUGGGCGGCCUACCUACCAGACAGACUGCGGGAAUCGCUGGUCAAGCUUCACUGUGAUCUCAAGGACCUUCAGUGCCACGACUCUAACUCCAAGUCCCUCCACCAGUGUGCCGAAGCUCUGCCACUCCUCUACUCUCACGGAUUCACCCCUCCGGACGGGAUGCUGCAGUCGUCGCUCACGUGUUCCAAGGUUAUCACCAAGCUGGAGGAAGUGCUAUCUGGCAAGCCUAUCGCAGACCUCAUGACCGCCAUGGACACAUUCCUCUAUGGCAUCCGUGCGCCCUUCCUCUUCUGCCUCGUCACGCUCUGGCUCACCGCCACGCUCUACAUCGCCCACUCACUACUCUACCGCAUUGACAUCCUGCACAUCCGCUCCCACCUACUCACCACCAGGGCCUCACACCGCAUCGACGUCAAGGCGCUGCUCGCCGGCAGCAGGAGAAUGCUCUCACUCUACAAGGACGUCGACUACUUCGACGACAUCAUAGGCCAACUUGAUGACACAAUAAUGACCGCAUCUAAACAAUAG